CAAUAAGCUGCUGCGCGAGUGUCCAUGCGUCCACAACUGUUGUUUCCAUAUAUAAAGGCGAGGCAGAUGGCGGCCUUGAAUCCCCAUCUUAUCAGAGCCAGGAGCUCUUCUUACGUUCAUUCUAACGCUAGUUGCAUCGCACAGUCACCUACACUCACUCAAACAUAUCAUCUUCUAUAGUUAUGGGUUUCUCCCAGAAUUUCUUUGUAAUCGCCAUGCUGGCUUCCAUGGCCAGCGCGGCACCUCUUGCAUCUUACUACGUGCUUGUAUCCAAUUCUUCAGGCUUUUCCCAACAACAAAACGGUGAUGCUCAGGCAUGCGUUAGCGGUGCUUUCGCACAAUGCAUUGGAAGCUCCUGGGAGCUCACGCCUUGCUCAUCCGGUCUGUCUUGUUUCGCACUUCCUCUCGUUGCCAAAGCUGGAACCAGUCUCGCUUGUGACACACAAAGUGAUGCUGAGGCACGUUUUGUCGCUGCUGGCGUUCAGGGAGGGGUAACUGGAAAUGGUACCACAAGCAACACAACCACUGAAGGUGGCGACUGUGUCGAGACCACCACAAGUGCCUCACCAUCUCCCACAAGCACUCCUACCUCGAGCACUUAUGACCCAUGUGCUUCCUCAGCUCUUGUGACUUCAUCUACCCUCGCCAGCCCCUCAAUGAAUUCCGAUGAAAAAGCGUCAGUUUGGCACCUCCUCAUACGCACCCACCUUUGGCUUUUGGCAGUCCGACCACUACUGUUACCACUUCAUCUACUCAGGCUGGGCCCUACCAGUGCAGCGAGUUCUUCUGCCAGUAGUCCUGCAUCAAUCGUUUCUACAAGUGCUUCGACGAGUUCCUUUGUCGCUUCCACACCUGCGACCACUUUUGGCUUUGGCACUUCUACGAGUGCUUUUGCGAACUCCUCUGCCAUUUCUACUCCUACAACCACCUUUGACUCUGGCACUUCUACUGGUGCUGGUAGCGUUACUUCGAGUCCCUCAACCUCUCCCGUCGUAUCCACUGGGACUGGAACUGCGCUUCUCACUUCCUCAACCCCUCUUGUGACGCCUACACCAGCUACCACCACCGGCGCGAACAAUGUUUCCACUGUGAUCGUUGUGACCACCGUGGUCGUUACUGUGACAGCUAAUGGUACGGCUGCACCCAGCAUGUCACCAACGGCGACAAGUGUGGGAGGGAACGGAACUGUAUCAUCUACUGCUUUGACUCAAACUCCAGUUGCUGCAUUCUCUGCUUCCCCAUCUCCCUCUUAUGCCCCAGCCACUACCGUUGACUUGAACAGUCCUUCCGUCACCCCAACUGCAAGUGCCACAUCCAGUGCAGUUUUAUCUCCCGUUGUUUCUGCAUCACCGAACAUCUCGGUUGGUGCUACAUCUUCGUCCGUGGUAACUUCUUCGACUGCUUCGUCUCCGUUUGGCUUUGUCUCGGCUUCGCCGACAGUGACUUAUUAAAGAAGUGGAUUGUAUCAGUGAUAGAUUAUGAUACGUGUCGGAGGAGUGGAUUAUAUUCAUGAUGGAUUAUAGGACUCUAAUGGAGCUCAAGACCCUCGGUCAUAUACCCACACGCUGUACCAAUUGGUUAUUGUACUCAACUUAGUUGUAUAGCUUACCAUAUUAUAGUUCAAGGUGCAGGACGUCUUAUUAUUGUCUUAUUACUGUUUUCCUUUGGAUUUCACUGCAGACGAAAAAAACCUAAGAUUAGGGUUAA